AUGCACAUUCAACAGGAACUUGCCACUUCAGCUACAACCGAAACUGCAACUGCAAUUGCAAAUGCUACUGCAACUGCAACUACAACUGCUACUGCAAUUGCAAAUUUACCUGCAACUGCAAUAGCAUCUACACCCGCACAUGCAACAGCUACUUCUACUGCACAUUCAACUUUAACUACAUCUUUACCUUUCACUGCAAAUAGAACUAAAAAUAAAACUGCAACUGAAACUGCACAGGCAACAGAAACUGAAACUGCAACGGUCAAUGCAAAUGCACUGUCCCUUGCAACGUCAUAUGCAGCUACUACUGCCUUAGCAACUGCACUUGCAAUAGCAUAUAAUGCUGCAAAUAAAAAAGCAACUGAACUUGUCCUUGCAAUAGCAAAUACAACUUUAAAUUCACAAAAACCAGCACAAGCAACAGCUGCUUCAACUACAACAGCAAACUCAAAAGAAACUGCAUUUUAUUACUGCCUGCUAUUUCACAAUCAAGGCACUGCCAUUGCAAUAGCACAUGCAACUGCAGCUGCUGUUCUUGCAACUGAACGUGCUACUGCUACUAUAACGGCACAUGCGAAAGACCUUUUAAAAAAAAUUCAAACCCAAAAAACACAUGCAACUACAACUGCCACGUCAACUGCACAUGCACUUGCAACCGACCAUACAACAGCAAAAGCAACUCAUAAAAACCAUGUCACUAAACAUUUAAAAAAAGAUUUUACAAGCAUCAGCAACAGCAAUUGCAACUUCCAAUGUUACUUAAGGGCAACUGCUAAGGUAAAUGCACAAGCAGUUUCACAUACCUCAGCCGCUGCAUAUACAACUGCUACUGCUACUUUAAAUAACACUGGAAAUAAAACUACACAUGAACCUGCUAACGACGCAAAAGCAACUGCAACUACAACUGAUGCUGCAAUUGCAACUGCAACAGCAAAAGCAUAUACUCCUAAACCUGCUUAUUUAACAGUUACUACAACUGCUACAGAAAAUGUAUUUGCAGCUACUACUGUAAUAGUAGCUGCACA